AUGCUCUCCCUUCCGCCAUCUCUUACCGUUCCGCCAUGGCCCUUCUUUCCUCCGACAGCCGCGACACCGCGCAAGGAGCGGGCGCGGCAUGGCGCCACGGAGGAUCUGAUUCUGCGCAGCGUCGUGCGGCCGAUGCAGGCCAUCGCGGAGAACAGGAAGGUGGCAGCGGAGGCACACAUGGAGCGCAGUGAGAGCAGGGAAGCGGGCCUGUGUGCGGCUGUUGUACACCUGCAGGCACAGCGGCUGUACAUCGGCGUGAAGAGCAAGUACGGAACAAGUAACCCUCUCUCCCUCCCCUACUCUCCCCUUCCCUUCCACCCUUUCUCUCCCCUACUCUCCCCUUCCCUUCCACCCUUUCCCUCCCCUACUCUCCCCUUCCCUUCCACCCUUUCCCUCCCCUACUCUCCCCUUCCCUUCCACCCUUUCCCUCCCCUACUCUCCCCUUCCCUUCCACCCUUUCCCUCCCCUACUCUCCCCUUCCCUUCCACCCUUUCCCUCCCCUACUCUCCCCUUCCCUUCCACCCUUUCCCUCCCCUACUCUCCCCUUCCCUUCCACCCUCUCCCUCCCCUACUCCUCUCUCAUCCACCCUCUCCCUCUCCCCUCCUGUGCUCCCUGAUUUCUACGAAUCGCCUCUCCUUCCAGGAAGCUUCUACGAGGAGGAGGAGGAGGAGGGUGCAGCGGAGCUGAAGCGAAGCAUCAGUGCGGGGAAUGAGCUGAGGAACCGACGAUAUAGACCCGGCAUGUACAGCAGCAGCGGUAUCAGUGGCGGCGGCAGCGGUGGGAGAAGCGCGGAAAGAAGCCCGACAGAAGGAGCAAGGGGAGGGGGAGGGGGAGGGGGUGGGGGAGGGGGUGGUGGGGUGGUGGGUCUUGUGCGGGCGGGAAGCUAUGGGCGGCAUAUAAGGAGUAGGAGCAUAGGAGGCAUGUUUCCCAUCAGCGGCAGCACAGGCAGCCCAGGGAAUAGCAGCGGCGGUGUUGCUGCUGGUGCUGGUGUUGCUGGUGGUGGGGGGAGUGGUGGGAGUGGCAGUGGUGGUGGUGGUAGUGGGGGUAUGAGGCGUGUAUUUCAGAGGAGAACACGCAAGCAGAGCAACAGCUUUUCCGAGUCUGAAGAUGAAACCCCACUUGUCCGGACCAGCACCGGAGGCUCGGAGACGCACCGCUCACCCUACCACCUCAACAUCCUAGGUCCGGGAAAGCGGGCAGUUUCGGUUUCAGGCUCGACAACCGGACCUGCCGAAGAUCCAGAUGAUCCAAUCCACGCCAGGGGUACCAAGCCUCCUCCCAGACCUCCCCGAGGCUCGGGACGAGGAUCGGAAAUGGAGGACGGGGAGUAUGACGGGGAGGACGGGGAGCACACGCCUCCCCGGCCUGUCCUACGCUCCCGAACCUCCCCUUCCGGACGGUUAUGGGGGGCAGGCGAGCUGGAUGGAGCCACAGCAGCAACAGCAGCAUCGGCAGCAGCAGGCAGAACCCCAUCUUCUGGUGCUGGCAGUGCUGGUGGUGCUGGCAGUGGUGGUGGUGCUGGCAGUGCCAGUAACGCUGCCAUUGGUGGCAGUGGUGGCAGCUACAGCGGCGGGAGUGGGGGGUUCAGAAUUUCACCUGGUGGGGGGGAUGGCGGGGGUGUGGGUGCAUGUGAUGGUGUGGGUGGGGGGGCUGAUGGUGGGGGUUAUAAUGGUGGGGGUUAUAAUGGUGGGCAGUGGCGCUACACUUCUCAUCUUGCUUCCCCUACUUCCGCCGGCCUCCCUCCCAUCCCAUCACCCUCCUCUACCGCCACCUCGCGGCCCAACAUUGCGGAUCAAGUGGUGGCACUGGCAGGGCAGUGGGAGGUGCUUGCACAGAUGGGGGGGGCGAGGCAGGGGGGAGAGGGGGCAGGGGGAGCAGCAGGGGGAGCAGCAGCGGGGGCAGGUACUGCUGGGGGAGGUGGGGCUGUUAGACCGGCUCAGGCGACUGAUCUGUCCUCCCGCCCCCGGCGCACUGUGCCGAAACAUUUCCGGGCAGGUAGCUGGGAUCCGGGCAGGUUGGGCCUGAGUGAGGACUCGUUUUUGGAGAGUGUGAGAGGAGGGACAGCAGGGGCAGGGAAAGGGGCAGGCGGAAAAGGAGGAGGGGGAAGCGGAGGGGGAGGGGGAGGGGGAGGGGGAGGGGGAGGUAGCAGGACUCCCCCCUUGCCUCCGGAAGGGACGGCAGCCGGAGGGAAAGGAGGAGGAAGCUUCCGAAAGGGAAUGCUGCGAAGGAAGGGGAGCGGGCAGUGGGGGGAGGGCCUUGGCGGAUGGAUGGGCGGAGCGGGAGGUGGGGGAGGAGGAAGAAGAGGAGUCGAUGGGGGAUUCGGGGCGGAGAGAGCUAACGGGGAUGAUGGAGAAGAGGAGCAAGGCAACAGCAUGGAAGGAGGGGCGCCCUUGCGCCGUGCUCUCUCCUCCACCUCCCCGGGCCUCUCCUCCUACCCCAUGGAUGCCCAUGCAGGGUUCGCUUCGGGCUUGCUCACUGCUUUCCCCGCCACUGGCUCGCCGGACCUGCCAGGCUCGGCGCCCGGACGUCGCGGUGCUGGUGAGGCUCGGCACAGGCUGCCCAAGAUGCCGUCCAGCAAUGGCCGGCUCGGCGAGGAGGGCCGGCCGGGGCUGCUGGAGGUUGGGCGGGGAGGCGGGGGGUUGGUUCGGGAUUGGAUCCUGGGGCAGGGUGCAGUAGGAGGGCAGGGAGGGGAGGGGGAGGCAGGGAGAGAGAGGGAGGAAACAUCUGGAAGAGGGGGAGAAGGGGGAGGAGGGGGAGGAGGAGGAGGAGGGGAAGCGGAAGAGGGGAGUGUGAGUGGGAGCAGCAGCAGGAGUGGGUUGGACAUGGAUAUGCUGAUGGGGGAGUUGCAGCAGCUGAGACAAGAGGCCCUUGCGAAGCAAGUAGCGGCCCAAGCUCAGUUCUGCAAGGUGCUGUGCGGUGCUGUGCUGUGCUCUCCCUCGCCAUGCCAUGGUGUAUCGUCUCAAGUCAAGUGCCGUGCUAGUGGCAUGGGCAUGGGGCGUGCUGCUGCUGCUGCUGUUGUGGUCAGAUCUAGACGAGGGAGUGGGGGAGCUGGGUAUGAUGCAGAGGUCUGGGAGGAUGGGGAGGAAGAUGAAGAGGAGGGGGAGGAGAGGGACGAUGGAGAAAGGGGCAGGAGUGGGCAGGCUCCUGGGCCUACCGCUGCUGUGGGCAACCAUGUAAGACGAACUCAAAUUCCAGCCCUUUUUAGAGACUUAACUAUGUAUCCCGGACCCCACUCCCGGACCCCACUCCCGGACCCCACUCCCGGACCCCACUCCCGGACCCCACUCCCGGACCCCGGACCCCACUCCCGGACCCCACUCCCGGACCCCACUCCCGGACCCCACUCCCGGACCCCACUCCCGGACCCCACUCCCGGACCCCACUCCCGGACCCCACUCCCGGACCCCACUCCCGGACCCCACUCCCGGACCCCACUCCCGGACCCCACUCCCGGACCCCACUCCCCGGGAAGGGAAGCGGCUCUUCCACCUCCUCCUCUGACCCCACCGAGUCUCGGUGGUGAUGGUGCUGAUGGUGAUGACCCCAUAGCAGGAAGCAUGGGAGACGGCAAUGCAGACCCCAACGGCAACAAUGGUGGAGAGGUGAGGACGCGGGAACCUGCUCUCCCACCCACCUCCUCCACCACGGGGUUCGUUCCCAAGCCUGUUGCAGACCCCAACGACGAUGCAGGAAGCUGCUCCUCCACCUCUUCAUUCGACUCCACGGAGUUUGUGCGCAAGGUCACGGAGCGCGCCCGCCUCGCUGCCUCCGCCUCUGCCAACGCUGCCUCUGCUGCUGCCGCCGGUGCUUGCAGCGCAGUAGACGGGCACCACACACCCACAGACCUCUCCCCCAACAUCACCUCCUCCUCCUCCCUCCAUCCCCCUCCCAGCCACCACUCCUCCUCCCUCCACGCCCCUUCUCUCUCCGACUCUCUCGACCCCUCCGCCCACGCCUCCUCCUCCGCAGAUUGCCGCCGCUUCUCCCUUCCCCAACUCCUCGAAUGCACCGAUGGCUUUUCCGACGGGAACCUUCUGGGAAGGGGUGCGUACGGUCCGGUAUACCGAGGCCAGCUGUUCGGGUGCCUGGUGGCAAUCAAGAAACUGGAACAGGGCAGCGACCAAGGUCCGGCGGAAUUCCGAACCGAAGUGGAGGUUCUGAGCAAGGUUCGGCACCCACACAUUGUGCUCUUAAUGGGUCACUGCCCGGAAGAAGCUUGUAUCGUGUACGAAUUCCUCCAGGGCGGGAAUCUCCAGGAGAGGAUCGUCCGGGCGGGGGACAACCCUCCGCCGCCCCUCCCCUGGCACGAUCGAAUCAGAAUCAUAUCGGAGAUCUCCGGCGCGCUGCUCUACAUGCACCGGCAUGACCCGCCGAUUCUCCACCGGGACUUAAAGCCCGACAACAUUCUCCUAGACGCCAACUCCAUCUCGAAAAUCGCCGACGUGGGCCUCGCUCGGCUGAUCCCCAACGAGGUCUCGGCAGUUACCUGGAAGGUGCGGGGCACAGCCGGGUACAUCGACCCAGAGGAGCUUCAAACGGGAGAGCUGUCGGUGAAAUCGGAUAUCUACGCGUUUGGUCUGAUCGCGCUGCAGCUGCUGACAGGGCUGAAGAAUGUGAAGCUGGUACACGGGCUGCUGGCGGCGUGCGGCACGGGCACGAGAAACACCGAGGAGGCGACAGAUUUGAUUGUGAAGAGCCUGGAUCGGUCGGCUGGGAAGUGGCCGGAGAGGCUAGUGAGGCGGGCGACGAGGGUGCUGGUGCGGUGUAUUGAGAGAAGGAGAGUGAAUAGGCCGGAUCUGGGAGGGGAGAUUCACCCGCUGCUGGGGGAGAUUGCAGAGGAGGCGAUGGAGGAGAAGAACAGGCGGGCUAAGGAGCUUGACGGGCGGUUUGUGUGCCCUCUGUCUCAUGUAGGUGUUGCUUUCUUGCUCUCCCCCUCUUUCUCGCUCUCUCCCUCUUUCUCGCUCUCUCCCUCUUUCUCGCUCUCUCCCUCUUUCUCGCUCUCUCCCUCUUUCUCGCUCUCUCCCUCUUUCACGCUCUCUUCACCCAUGUAG